ACGAAGCUGAACAACCAGUCCCAAAUUAUUUGUAAUAGGGUGAGGUUUUUUAAUUAUUAACAAAAUCUUCAUGGCGAGGACGGAGAUUUAGGUUUAGGAGGGACUGGGUGAGCUACAAACUUUGAAACUGAAAUUGAAUUAAACCCUAGAAUAGUAAUAGAGAAUUGAAGAUGGAGAUAGAACUGGAGCCUCGAGUUAAAGCAUUGAGUUACAAAGUCAAGGGAAUGUCAAGAGAAUCGCCGUCGCAGAAGGCUUCUCACGUCCUCGAUACGACCUCCGCAAUCACUGGUCCACCGCCACCAACACCAAAGAGUGGAUUUUACUUGAACUCGACGAACCAUGCUUACUAUCACAUAUUCGAAUUUAUAACAAGUCUGUCCUUGAAUGGGAAAUUGCUGUUGGCCUACGUUAUAAGGAGAAUAUUCCACCGGAAAUUUGCUCUGAACAACAAUUUACAUGCUACUUUAGCUGAUUACGUGUCUAUGAAGGAGAAAAUGUUAAUGAAACAAUGUAACUAUAUCCUAUCAUUUAAUCAGCCGGAGACAUUUGUCAAAGUUCGUCCACGCUGUGAAGCACCUCGACGCGAUAUGAUAUAUCCUAUGAAUUACACUCCAUGUCGCUAUGUGCGAAUAUCGUGCUUACGUGGAAAUCCUAUAGCCAUUUUCUUCAUUCAGUUGAUUGGGGUAUCAGUUGCUGGUCUUGAACCAGAGUUUCAACCAGUUGUCAAUCACAUGUUACCACUCAUUAUGUCACAUAAACAAGAUGCCCAUGAUAUGCAUCUACAGUUGCUUCAAGACAUUACAAAUCGGUUGCUUGUGUUUCUUCCUCAACUUGAGGUGGAUCUUGCUAGCUUUUCAGAUGACGCUGAAUCUAGUCUACGUUUUCUUGCUACACUUUCUGGUCCAUUUUACCCAAUACUUCACAUUAUAAAGGAAAGAGAAACUGCAAGAUUAUCCAGCAGUAUUUCUGAUUCUGAGGUUUCCAGGAAUAGUCAGUCAUCAUCAGCCUUAACUGUUUCCUCUAACUUUGAGCCAAGGAGAUCACGUGGCAUGUUUCCUUUUGUCUCAUCCACAUCAAUUUCCAUAGCAUUUCGUCCAGAUGCAAUCUUUAUGCUGCUUAGAAAGGCAUAUAAAGAUUCUAACCUAGGUACCAUUUGUAGAAAGGCUUCUAGAGUUUUGCAGAAGCUAAUAGAGCCAGUUGCAGUGCAUGAAGUGGCCAUUCGUUCUGAUGAUGCACCAUCUGAUUUGGAUGAGAUGGCAAAAUCUGAAGUUUCUAACCCUGUUCCUAUGGUUGAUUAUUCAGAAUUGUUUGGAGAGGAAUUCCAGAUACCUAGUGAUUCUUGGGACUUUAGCAUUCUUAACAUUUUGGACAUAGGAGCAGUGGAGGAAGGGAUUUUACAUGUUCUUUAUGCUUGUGCGUCACAGCCAAUCCUUUGCGGCAAAUUGGCAGAGAGCUCAUCUGACUUUUGGUCUGCAUUACCACUUGUACAAGCAUUGCUGCCAGCACUUCGUCCUUCUAUGAGCAGUUGUUCUGAUCAGGCUGAUGAUAGUUUUCCUCAGUGGAUACAACCUUUUGUGCAACAAGCCCUAUCUCAGAUUGUUGUUACAUCAUCUUCAUCACUGUACCAACCGCUUCUUCAUGCAUGUGCUGGCUAUUUGUCAUCAUUCUCACCAUCACAUGCAAAGGCGGCAUGUGUUCUAAUCGAUCUCUGUUUGGGAGUAAUGGCACCUUGGAUGGCUCAGGUGGUUGCAAAGAUUGAUUUAGUUGUAGAGCUUGUGGAGGAUCUUUUGGGCACAAUUCAGGGUGCCUGUCAUUCUGGGACACGUGCUCGUGCUGCCCUUAAAUACAUUCUGGUGGCUUUAUCUGGGCAAAUGGAUGAUAUACUGGGGAAGUAUAAGGAAGUGAAGCAUAAAAUUCUCUUUCUUUUUGAGAUGCUAGAGCCUUUUCUUGAUCCUGUUGUUUUGGAAUUGAAUAAUACUACAACAAUCAGUGAUGUCUCUUUCACUUUUACGGAGAAGCAGAAACAAACUUGCAUGAUUGCCCUUAAUGUUAUCCGUACAGCAGUACAGAAGUCAGCUGUUCUUCCUUGUUUGGAAUCUGAGUGGAGGCUUGGAACGGUUGCUCCUAGUGUACUUCUCUCUAUACUGGGUCCGCACAUGCAAUUACCUCCUGAGAUUGAUCUUUGCAAGUCAUCUGUUUCCCAGAGUUUUGAACAAGAACCCUCUUCAAAAUUAAACAGCCAAGAUGUCUCUGAUGUAAAGACUGAUAUGCAUGAUGUAGCUGUGAAAAUGGAUUUCAAUGAAGAUGCCAGUCUCUUUUUCGCUUCUCCGGAACUACGAAGUAUAGGACUCACAAUUUUUCCAAUUAGUCUCGAUGAAAAUUUGUCAGAUUCUAGCUUGGAACAGAAGCAUGUCUUUGAUAAAAAUUUUACUAGCCAUUGUCAAAAUGGUUUGCUACUGGAUGCUGGUUUUGCUACUGAAUACUUUAACUUGCGAGCUGAUUAUUCUCAACUUAUAUACCAUAGAGACUGUGAACUUAAGGCAUCUGAAUUUAGGUGUUUGGCUUCAGAUUUACACUCACAGAAUGAUCUCUCUAUUGAUGGUCAUGAUGCUGCUAUAGAUGCUUUGCUCUUGGCAGCAGAGUGCUAUGUCAAUCCUUUUUUUGUGACUUCUUUUCGAGCCAGUUCAAAUAUUCUGACCCAGAUGAAAGUCAACGGGCCCAAACCAAGAAGUUAUAAUGUUGACAAGAUGAGAAGGAUUUCUGGAAAGGAUGAUUGUGAUUUGGAAACAAUAUCUGAUCUUGAAAAGAGAAGGGACAAAACAGUGCUACAAUUACUGCUUGAGGCUGCUGAAUUAGACAGGAGAUAUCGGAAAAGGUUGUCAGAUGGUGAAGACUGCCCAAGCUAUUGUGAAGGUUUUGACGAACAAGUCCUAAAGUUGUCUCCCCAUGACUUACAAUCUGCAGAUGCUGUCACUUUGCUUCGUCAAAAUGAGGCUCUGUUGUGCAGUUUUUUGAUUCAGUGGUUACAAAGAGAUCAGAACUAUAUGCAUGAAAUUCUCCUGCAUUGCCUUGUAUUUUUCUUACAUUCAGCCACUAAGAUAUAUUGUGCUCCUGAACUUGUGAUUGAUAUCAUAUUAGGAUCUGCUGAGCACCUUAAUGGAAUGUUGUUAUCUUUUCAUUGUCAGUUGAAGGAAGGGAAUCAUCAGUUGAAUUCAGAAAAUGUCCAUUGGGUACAAAGACGUUGGAUAUUGCUGCAGAGAUUGGUAAUUGCUUCAAGUGGCAGUGAUGAUGUGUCAGACUUUGCUGUCCAUAUCAACAAAGGCCUCCGACAUGGAAAUUUAAUACCUCCUACUGCUUGGAUGCAGAAAAUAUCCACAUUUACUAAAUCUGCUUCUCCUCUUGUUCGGUUUCUUGGUUGGAUGGCCAUAUCUCGUUUUGCUAAACAGUUUAUAAAGGAGCGCCUUUUCCUAGUUUCUGAUCUUUCACAGUUGACAUAUUUAGUAUCUAUAUUUGCUGAUGAGCUUGCACUGGUAGAUAAGGUUGUUGAUAAAAAGCAUGAAGAUAUGAGGAUAAAAAAAUCUGGACUCAUGCAAACUCCUGUCAAUAAAGGAUUUGAACCUUCUUUCCAGCAAUAUGGGGAUCAAUCUUUUCAGGUUAUCUACCCUGAGCUUAGUAGGUUCUUCCCGAAUAUGAAAAGGCAAUUUGACUUGUUUGAAGAAACCAUUUUGGAGGCUGUUGGGUUGCAAUUGAGAUCACUUCCUUCUAGUGUCAUGCCAGAUGUUUUGUGCUGGUUUUCAGAUCUGUGCUUAUGGCCCUUUCUUCAGAAAGAACAAAUCAUUACUCGCAAUAGUGCUGAUUAUUUGAAGGGUUUCAUUGCAAGGAAUGCGAAAGCAGUCAUUCUUUAUGUGCUUGAAGCCAUUGUUAUUGAGCACAUGGAAGCAAUGGUUCCCGAGAUACCAAGGGUGGUGCAAGUGCUUGUGUCGCUCUGUAGGGCCUCAUACUGUGAUGUGUCAUUUCUCAAUUCUAUAUUACAGUUGUUAAAGCCUAUAAUCUCAUAUUCAUUGCAUAAGGUUUCUGAUGAAGAACAGUUAUUGGCUGAUGAUUCUUGUCUUAAUUUUGAGUCAUUAUGCUUCAAUGAGCUUUUCAUUAAUAUUGGACAGAGACAGGAGAAUCAAGAGAGUGUUGCAGAAAAAGGAUACAGCAGAGCUUUGACAAUAUUUGUUCUGGCUUCCAUCUUUCCUGAUUUAUCCUUUCAGCGUAGAAGAGAAAUGCUACAGUGUUUAGCUCUGUGGACAGAUUUUCCUAGGAUUGAACCAACUACUUCAUUUCAUGACUAUCUCUGUGCAUUUCAAGGAAUUAUGGAGAGUUGUAAAGCUUUGUUAGUUCAGACUUUAAGAUACUUAAGUGUUAUCCCACUUCAGCUGCCACAGUUUUCUGAUGUGAGCACUGGAACACCCAGUGACAAUGGCCCAGAAUUGCAUUCAUGGUUCCUUGAUGAUGCCUUCCAGAGCUCUUCACCAACUAAAGCUUCUGAAAGGCAGAAAAGUAAUAAUUUCGAUGCUGUUAUCUCGAAUAAGAAGAAUUAUCAUUUAUCAACAGAUGAACUAGAAGACUUUACUAGGAGCUUGGAGGGUCUCAUUGCCAAACUUUAUCCAUCUAUUGAGGUCUGUUAUAAUUUUCAUCACCAACUGGCUAAGAAGCUUACUAUUGUAUCUGCCCAGAAUUUUACAUACUCAAGAUGCUUAUCUUCAAUUGCACCAAUAAUACAAAAUGUUGAAGAGGAUGUCAAUGUAAAUCCUUUACAAUUUCAAUCAGUUGAUCAAUUCCAGCUUCAUUGGAAAAAUGGUCUGGGAGGACUUGCUGAAAUCAUUGUAAUGUCACAAGAAAACCAUUGCUGGGAAGUUGCAUCUGUGAUGCUUGAUUGUAUACUUGGAGUGCCCUAUUGUUUUCAGCUUGAUAAUGUCAUUGAUACUGUUUGUUCUGCAAUUAAAAACUUCUCCUGCAAUGCUCCGAAAAUUGCUUGGCGCCUGCAGUCUGAUAAAUGGUUGUCAGUAUUAUUUGCAAGAGGCAUUCAAAGUCUUAAAGCAUAUGAAGUUCCUCUUGUUGAUCUUUUCUGUACAUUGCUCAGUCAUCCAGAACCUGAGCAACGCUUUGUUGCACUCCAACACUUGGGAAAAUUGGUUGGUCAAGAUGUAGAUGAAGGUUCAUCGGGACAAUAUGCUAAAAUUUGCAAUAAGUUAGUUUCCACUACAUUAAGCUCUUCCAUCCCUGAGCCCCUUUUGUCACUUUUGGUGACGAGUACGUGGGAUCAGGUGGUUGUAUUGGCAUCAUCUGAUGCAUCAUUACCAUUGAAGACUCGUGCUAUGGCACUUCUUGUAGAUUUUAUCCCUUUUGCUGACAGGCACCAAUUACAAUCUUUCCUGAUGGCAGCUGAUAGUGUUCUUCAUGGGUUUGGGAAAGUUGCACGCCCAGUUUGUGAGGGUCCAUUACUACAACUUUCAUUAGCACUUAUUGCUAGUGCUUGUCUAUACUCUCCAGCUGAAGACAUCUCAUUGAUUCCUCACAGUAUCUGGAAAGAUAUUGAGACCUUAGGGUUGUCCCAAACUGAAGGUAGGCUUGGGGAUCUGGAGAAAAAGGCUUGCCAAGUAUUGUGUAGAUUGAGAAUUGAAGGAGAUGGAGCCAAAGAAGCCUUGAAAGAAGCAUUCGCUUCAAAUUCUUUAAAUCAAGUUGACCCAGAAUUUGGGACUACUCGUGAAUCUAUUCUUCAGGUCCUUGCCAAUCUAACUUCUGUUGAGUCUUACUUUGGUUUGUUCUCAAGCAAAAUUGAUCGAGAGGCUAUGGAACUAGAGGAAGCAGAAAUGGAAUUGGACAUAAUCCAAAAGGAAUGUGCAACACAUGAAUCACCAAAAAAUUCCACAGAAGGGCAUCAGAUUCCUACUCUAGCUGCAUUUGUGAAGGAUGAUAACCGUCUUCAGCAAAUCAAGAAUAGCAUCCUUUCCUUAGAGAAGUCAAAACUCCGGGAAGACAUAGUAGCUCAUAGGCAAAAGAAACUUGUGAUGAGACGUGCCCGUCAAAAAUAUCUAGAGGAAGCAGCUUUACGGGAGGCUGAACUUCUGCAGGAACUUGAUAAGGAAAGGACUGCCGAGGUAGAAAAAGAGAUUGAGAGGCAACGAUUGCUAGAACUUGAGCGUGCAAAAUCGAGGGAGCUGCGCCACAUCCUUGAUAUGGAGAAGGAGAGGCAAACACAGAGAGAACUUCAACGGGAACUAGAGCAGGCUGAAUCUGGACUACGACCUUCACGACGUGACUUUUCUUCAUCCUCUCAUAGUAGUCGUCCUCGUGAUAGGUAUCGUGAAAGGGAAAAUGGAAGGUCAGGUACUGAAGGAACUGCAAGGACAAGUGGUGGAGGUUUGCAGGCUGAAAUUUCUGGUAGUAAUUCAUCCAUGGGAGGAAUUCCGACCAUGGUUCUCUCAGGAUCUAGAUCAUUUUCAGGCCAGCCUCCAACUAUUUUACAAUCCAGAGACCGUUCAGAUGACUGUGGCAGCAGUUACGAAGAAAAUUUUGAUGGAAGCAAGGACUCAGGGGAUACAGGGAGUGUGGGCGACCCAGAAUCAAUAUCUGCAUUCGAUGGACAGUCAAGUGGGUUUGGUUUGGGUCAAAGGCAUGGAUCCAGAGGGAGCAAGUCUUCAAGGCAAGUAAUGGAGAGGAGAGAAAAAGAGGGCAGACGAGAAGGGAAGUGGGAAAGAAAACAUUCUUAAAAUAUGUAGAUAAUUAAUUAUUUCUGUUUCUAUAGCACUUUAGAGUGAUGUAUUUUUUAUUAAUAGACAGAAAUAAUUAUGUAAUUUUCCUCUCAGAUUUUUGAAGCUCAUAAACUCUAACCCUAUGUAAACUUUAGAGUUAUUAUUUUGGACUCUUUAUAUAAGCUCUAACCCUAUACCAACAAAAAUUACAAUGAUAUUCAUAAAGUUGUAGUGUUACUAGA